AUGGGUUUCCUGAAACACUUCCGCUCCAAGGCUCGGCUCCGGGACAACUCCAACCCCAAAGCAGCCUCAUAUCCCGAAUUACCAUAUGUCAGAUACGGACGCGACUACACUCGACAACUCCCCGAUGCCAUCCUCGCCCGCAUCUUCGCCUACGUCUGCCCGCAUGUCGCAGACACCACAUACGAACCAUGCGAGUCCUCACAGAUCGGCGAGGGUUGCAUGUUGUGUGACCUUCGAGAGCUGGCGGAAUGCGCUCGCCUGUGUCGGAAAUGGCGGGCGGUCGCCGAGCGUCAGCUGUACAAGAGCAUAAGGAUCGACGCGGUACACUACUGUCAGCGGGAAUACGACCUGGCCGAGAUCCGCAAGAAGAAGCAUUAUCGUGCAAAGAGCGGCGACAAAUUCGACCCGGCCGCCAUCCGGCUCGCUCUCCUGUGCCGGUCGGUCUGGGAUCGACCGGAUCUGGCUCGGCGGACGGAGUUUCUGAAGGUCACAUACAUGACGCGGGAGACGGCAAAGGCCGAUCUGGCACGCACCGUCGCGGCGAUGCCCAAUCUCAAAUACGUCGACCUGCCGGACGGCUUCUUCAAUGGUGAUUCUAGUUGUACAACACUACGGCAGGAGCUCCAGUCGAGGUGUCCGGACCUACGGAAGAUGACAUAUCGACAUGGCGCCGAGGCCGCGCUCCAGUUGAUACCUCAGGGAUACUGGCAGAAUUUGGAGAUUCUGGAGUUGACGUCGAUCGUGGUGGAACCCGCCACGUUGAGAAUCGUCCUCGCCGGCCUGCCGAAUUUGUUCGAUCUCUCCUUGACAGAUAUGUCGUGGUUGGACGAUAGCAUGCUACAGCCUCUGUUGCCUCAGCUGCCGAACUUCCCGCCGGUGCGGGUGCUCAAGUUGGUCGACACGCCUCACAUCACCACACAAGGACUGCAGUCCUGGCUCGACAAGUCCGGGGCUCAUCGAAGCCUCUUCUCCCUCAGCCUGCAAAACACCGGCGUCACCGUCCAAGAUCUACACACAUUACUUCAAAGCGCGACCCACCUGGACCACCUGUCCAUCGACGAGGUCAUCUCCACCUCCCUCGGCCUCGCCAUGCAACAGCUCCCGCCCCUCUCGUCCCGCUCUCUCACCAAACUCCACUUCGAGAUCAGCAACGCCGAGGACAUCCAAGCCCUCCAGAAACCCGCCGAAUCCUACUACGCCUACCUCUCCUCCUCGCUCCACGCCAACGCCCUGCCCAACCUCGCCACCCUCUACGUCCGCGACCCGACCUUCGCCGACCUCCUGGUCCUCCCGCCCAUCGUCGCGCCCUUCGCCGGCGGCCCCGGCGGCACCGGCGGCGGCCCCGGCGGCGGCUUCAACCAGACCCUCGAGAUCUUCUCCAAGGGCAUGGACGAAUCCGAAUGGGUCUUCACCUCCAUCAUGCCCCCGGACGGCCGCGCCAACCGCGACAGCACGAUCCUCGUCGGCGGCCGGCCCCUCAGCGCGUACAGCGCCUCGCGCGGCCUCGGGCCCCAGUGGGCGCAGGGCGGCUUCGGCGGCGAGGCCCGCCGCUCGGUCAUCGUGGGCAACGGCUUCGGUGGCUUCCUCGCGGUGCCGGCCGAGGAGGCGCCCCGGCCCAUGACGUCGGACGGCGGGAACGGCGGCGGCGGUGGCUUCUCGCCGAGGCGGUUUAGCUUCUUCAGGUCGCCGCCGAAAUUCGCGGGCGCGGAGGGCAGGGGCCAUGAGAGGAGGGGAAGCAAGAGGGAUCUGUGGCGAUGA